AGUCUAUUGAUAUCGAUGUUUGAUUAAAAUUAUGAGAGUGAUCUCCCGUUUUAAUUUUUGUUUAUGGAGCAUCUUUCAACUUCUUUCCCUCCCACCCAUGCAAUAACGAAAGUGAAAGAAAUUGCAAACCGUUAUCUAGGGGAGUACAGUGACAACGAGAAGAGAUGACAGACCGAGAAAUUGUCCUGAUCGACAUGGACUGCUUUUAUGUCCAAGUGGAACAACGACUGAACCCAAGCCUGAAGGGGAAGCCCAGUGCUGUUGUGCAAUACAAGACUUGGAAGGGUGGAGGAAUCAUUGCUGUGAGCUAUGAGGCUCGUGCGUUCGGAGUGACGAGAAACAUGCGGGGAGACGAGGCCAAACAAAAGUGUCCGGACAUUGAGCUGGCUCAAGUCCCAGUGGUCAGGGGGAAAGCUGAUCUGACCAGGUACAGAGAUGCUGGGGCAGAAGUUAUUUCUGUCAUCAGUCGCUUUUGUUGUUGUGUGGAGCGCGCCAGUGUGGACGAGGCGUACCUCGAUGUGACUGCCGAAGUGACACAAAAACUGAAGGCCAUGGGAGACUCACGCGUUGUACCGGGUCAAGUGGCGAAUACUUUUGUGGAGGGCUAUGACAAGGCUCAAGGGAUGCAAGGCUGGUUGGAAAGCGUGUACAACCAGGACUGGGCUGCAGAAAGUGACGUGCGACUGGCGGUGGCGGCCUGUCUGGUCGAGGAGAUGAGAGCGGCGGUGCUGGCUGAGACGGGCUUCACAUGCUCCGCUGGAAUCUCUCACAGCAAGAUGCUGUCCAAGCUGGCGUGUGGACGUAACAAGCCCGACAAACAGACAAUCAUCCCUAUGUCGUCUGUGCCAGAGAUGUUCUCCAACCUUCCUCUCCAGAAAAUACGUCAUUUGGGUGGGAAACUCGGCGCUUUCCUGACGGACGAUCUCCAACUUCAGACGAUGGGCGACCUGACGAGGCUGACAGAGGAAGAACUGCAGAAGCAGUGUGGGCAGAAGACGGGGAGCUGGUUGUACCAUGCCUGUCGCGGGAUUGAAACGGAGCCCGUGUCUGCUCGCCAGCUUCCAAAGUCCAUCGGCUGUGGGAAAAACUUCCGUGGGAAAGAGCAGCUAGACACUAAGGAGAAGGUCAAAUUCUGGCUGUCUGAGCUGACGAAGGAGAUCAGCGAAAGAUUGUUCAAGGACAAGGAGCUGAACAAGAGAACGGCCAAGUCUCUGACCGUACACCUCCGGUACCAGAUCCCGGGCGCCUCGUCCUCCUCGGCCUCUCGUGCCUGCGCUCUCAUCCGCUACGACCACGACAAGAUCUGUGCCGACGCCUUCGCCCUCUUGAAACAGUUCCAGACCAGCCCGGGUCACAGCGCGCAGUGGAUUCCUCCCAUCACGUCACUGAAUCUGUCUGCCGGCAAGUUCACGGAGCAGGGAGAGAACCAGACCAUAAGCAGCCUCUUUGCCUCGGCCCCCUCGUCCAAGUCAACGGGGUCAGCCUGUAGCCAGAUGUCUCUGCCUGUGGCCGGGGCCUCCAACGAGUGCAGUAGAGAACCCGCAUGCUCCGACUCACCGGAUGAAAGUUUUGAAUCGACAACAAAGUCUUCCAGUAUAAAGUCUACGAGCAGCGUGAUAACUUCAGCGUCAAAACAAGCUUCAAAAAGUCAAUGCAAGAAAAAUAAUGGCAUUAAUUCUAAAGGUAGGGGGAGUAUAAGCUCUUUUCUUGAACAGGGAAAGUCAAAAGCUUCUGAUACAGAGGGACUGGAGACUGAGGGGCUCCCAGGAAGUAAGUCUGACAGUUCACCCGUCGGGAAUUCUUUGUCUGUCGCUGCUCCAAAGUUGGGAUUUUUUGCUAAAAAGAUGCAGGAAAAAGAACUGCAAACUAACAAAGACUUAUGUGCAUUGACAAAGUCUAGUUCUGUAGACGGUGUAGUGCGUGAUGCUGGUGACGGCGAAAGUGGUUUGUCUGGAGAUGGUUGUGGUUUGAGUGCUGUGGACGACGCUAGUGGAUUCGAGGCCGAUUCAGCUUCUCUUUCCAAUUCAAAUAGUGAGGGUGUUGUUAAAGAGAAUGAGGAAGGAGAUGUUUUAGGCAUGCCUUCAACUUCACUGCGCAAUGAAAGCGCCGAUAGCAAUUUUGUAGAGCGUCUGGACUGUGAAGAUGUAGAUAAUGCUGAGAUGAUUGUGACAGCAACCACUAGUGAUGAGAACAAGGGUGUAAGUGUAGAUGUUGAGGUCCCUUCCAGCACUGCUCAGGGUAGUAGAAAUGGAAUAUUGGGGAUGGGAUUUGCUGAGAGAACUAUUGAUGUGGAAGACUUGAUGGAGUGCGAGAAAUGUAGGGAAAUGAUUUCCAUAUGGGAGAUGCCGGAGCACUCGGACUAUCACUUUGCCCUAGAACUUCAGAAAGAAUCGAGCUCAUCAUCGUCAGCGUCAGGCACCUCGGGCAUCUCCAGGGCCUCUGGCUCGGAUUCAACGGUCAAGCGCAAGUCGGACACUGGGGCAAAGAGUGGCCGAGGGGGGAAGAGAAAGAAAGUGUCGACAGAUCGGUCAAUACAACCAUUGACAGCUUACUUCUCCAAGACGUGAUCUAUUUAUGUGAGGCUUCGUGGUGAAGUCAGGCACUCGUCAAAAUAAUGAAAUUGUAGAAACUGGCACUAUUCCGUUGGUUUGGCAAUUUUUAUCAAUUUUUAGUUUUUUUGGCUCAAAACCUUUUAUGUCCUUUUAAGAAUAAAUUUCU